GUAAUAAGCGUAAUAAGCAUUUACCAACAAACCUGAAUAAUCAGACCCAACGCAUUAGUCACAUAAUUUUCAGUCAAAAACCUGCAUCAGUAGAAAAAUUAUUAAAUCAGGGAUGCAAGCGAUUAAUUAGACUUACAACAGAGUGCAAGUUAUUUGAGAAAAAAUGGCCGGGCUCCCGCCGUAUCAUCUAUUGGGGCCGAACCCGUGGGCCAUGAUGGCCCAGCAACAAGUGCAGAUGGCCGCGGCGGCCCAGGCGGCACACGCACAGGCCGCUCAGCAAGCCCAGAUGCAGGCCCAGGUGGCCCACGCUGCGGCCCAGGCACAAAUGAUGGCCCAAUCAUCGGGUCAGCCUCAGCCGCAGAAGGCUGACUUUAUCUCCGAGGAAAAACUGCAGGAAAAAGCCCAAAAAUGGCAACAAUUGCAGUCCAAAAGGUUCGCGGAGAAGCGCAAGUUUGGUUUUGUGGACGCGCAGAAAGAGGACAUGCCUCCGGAGCACCUGCGCAAGAUCAUCAGGGACCACGGUGACAUGAGCAGCAGGAAAUACAGACAUGACAAGCGCGUCUAUUUGGGGGCACUUAAGUACAUGCCGCACGCUGUCAUGAAGCUGCUUGAAAAUAUGCCCAUGCCCUGGGAGCAAAUCCGGGAUGUGAAAGCGUUGUACCAUAUUACUGGCGCCAUCACCUUUGUCAAUGAAAUCCCGUGGACCAUCGAGCCGGUCUAUAUUGCUCAGUGGGGCACUAUGUGGAUUAUGAUGAGGAGAGAAAAGCGAGACAGACGGCAUUUCAAGAGAAUGCGUUUUCCUCCCUUUGAUGAUGAGGAGCCGCCGCUCGAUUACGCUGACAACGUGCUGGACGUGGAGCCGCUCGAGGCGAUCCAAAUUGAGUUGGACUCUGAGGAAGAUGGCGCAAUAGCUGAGUGGUUUUAUGACCACAAAGCUUUGGUCGGCACAAAGUACGUCAACGGCUCAACAUACCGGAAGUGGAACCUAUCGUUGCCCCAGAUGGCCUGCUUAUACAGGCUGGCUAAUCAGCUGCUGACAGAUCUGGUCGACAACAAUUACUUCUACCUGUUUGACUUGAAGUCAUUUUUCACGGCUAAAGCCCUCAACAUGGCCAUUCCAGGCGGACCCAAGUUUGAGCCUCUCAUCAAGGACGCCAGCACCCAGGAUGAGGACUGGAACGAGUUCAAUGACAUCAACAAAAUCAUCAUUCGACAGCCGGUCCGUACUGAGUACCGGAUUGCGUUUCCCUAUCUGUACAACAACAUGCCACACUUCGUACACAUGCCUUGGUACCACACUCCCAACGUGGUUUAUAUCAAAACCGAGGAUCCUGACUUGCCCGCCUUUUACUUUGAUCCGCUCAUCAACCCAAUCUCACACCGAAAUGCAGUCAAGGUGGUGGAGCUGAUUCCUGAUGAUGAGGAGGAGUUUGAGCUGCCAGAGUUUGUGCAGCCGUUCCUGCAAGAGACACCGCUUUUUUCAGACCACACGGCAAACGGCAUCUCACUGCUGUGGGCGCCGCGGCCGUUUAACAUGCGUUCAGGCCGCACGAGACGCGCCAUUGACGUGCCGCUGGUCAAGUCGUGGUACCGCGAACAUUGCCCUCCUGGACAGCCAGUCAAGGUGCGCGUCAGCUACCAGAAGCUGCUCAAGUACUACGUGCUAAAUGCACUCAAGCACCGCCCACCUAAGCCACAGAAGAAGAGGUACCUGUUCCGCUCGUUCAAGGCCACGAAGUUCUUCCAGACGACGACCCUUGACUGGGUGGAGGCGGGCCUGCAGGUCUGCAGACAGGGUUACAACAUGCUCAACUUGCUGAUCCACCGAAAGAACUUGAAUUAUCUUCAUCUUGACUACAACUUCAAUUUGAAGCCAGUCAAAACUCUGACCACCAAGGAGAGAAAGAAGUCGCGUUUCGGAAAUGCAUUCCACUUGUGCAGAGAAAUCCUGCGACUGACCAAGUUGAUAGUGGACUCGCAUGUUCAGUACAGACUGAACAACGUGGACGCCUUUCAAUUGUCUGACGGCCUUCAGUACAUCUUCGCACACGUUGGUCAACUGACCGGCAUGUAUCGUUACAAAUACAAGCUGAUGCGACAGAUUCGCAUGUGCAAAGAUCUCAAGCACAUCAUCUACUACCGCUUCAACACCGGUCCCGUAGGCAAGGGUCCUGGCUGCGGCAUCUGGGCGCCAGGUUGGCGUGUGUGGCUCUUCUUCAUGCGUGGCAUCACGCCUUUGCUUGAACGCUGGCUUGGUAACCUGCUGUCCCGUCAGUUCGAGGGCCGUCACUCCAAGGGUGUCGCUAAGACUGUCACCAAGCAGCGAGUUGAGAGCCACUUCGACCUUGAGCUCAGGGCUUCUGUGAUGCACGAUAUUGUUGACAUGAUGCCUGAAGGUAUCAAGCAGAACAAGGCGCGCACGAUCCUGCAGCACUUGUCAGAAGCGUGGCGUUGCUGGAAGGCAAACAUCCCGUGGAAGGUGCCAGGUUUACCUACGCCGAUUGAGAACAUGAUUCUGCGCUACGUUAAGAUGAAGGCUGACUGGUGGACCAACACGGCGCACUACAACCGCGAGCGUAUCCGGCGCGGUGCCACCGUCGACAAGACUGUGUGUAAGAAGAAUCUAGGCCGACUGACGCGUCUGUAUCUCAAGGCGGAACAGGAGCGGCAGCACAAUUACCUUAAGGACGGUCCUUACAUUUCGCCCGAAGAGGCGGUGGCCAUUUACACGACGACCGUGCACUGGCUUGAGUCGCGUCGUUUUGCGCCCAUUCCCUUCCCUCCGCUCUCCUACAAGCAUGACACCAAGCUGCUGAUCCUGGCGCUUGAGCGACUGAAGGAGGCGUACAGCGUUAAGUCGAGGCUCAACCAGAGCCAGCGUGAGGAACUCGGCCUGAUUGAGCAGGCUUACGACAACCCUCACGAGGCGUUGUCGCGUAUUAAGCGUCACCUGCUCACCCAGCGCGCCUUUAAAGAGACUGGCAUUGAGUUCAUGGACCUGUACAGCCACCUGAUUCCGGUCUAUGACGUCGAGCCGCUUGAGAAGAUCACUGAUGCCUACUUGGAUCAGUACUUGUGGUAUGAGGCGGAUAAAAGACGCCUCUUCCCGCCGUGGAUCAAGCCCUCUGAUACUGAGCCGCCGCCACUGCUCGUCUACAAGUGGUGCCAGGGCGUCAAUAACCUGCAGGACGUGUGGGAUGUGAACGAGGGCGAGUGCAACGUGCUGCUUGAGUCACGAUUUGAGAAGAUGUACGAGAAAAUCGAUCUGACCCUGCUUAACCGACUGCUGCGUCUCAUCGUCGACCACAACAUUGCUGAUUACAUGACCGCCAAGAAUAACGUGGUCAUCAACUACAAGGACAUGAACCACACCAACAGCUAUGGCAUCAUUCGCGGUCUGCAAUUUGCCUCGUUCGUUGUGCAGUACUAUGGGCUUGUGCUGGAUUUGCUUGUCCUUGGCCUUCAGCGUGCCUCUGAAAUGGCUGGCCCGCCACAGAUGCCCAACGACUUUCUCACCUUCCAAGACGUGGCCACUGAGGCUGCCCACCCCAUCCGCCUCUACUGCAGAUACGUCGACAGAAUCCACAUCUUUCUCAGAUUUUCGGCCGAGGAGGCUCGUGAUCUGAUACAAAGAUAUCUGACGGAGCACCCUGACCCUAACAAUGAGAACAUUGUGGGUUACAACAACAAAAAGUGCUGGCCCAGGGAUGCCAGGAUGCGACUCAUGAAGCACGACGUCAACUUAGGUCGUGCUGUUUUCUGGGACAUCAAGAACAGGCUGCCGCGCUCAGUGACCACUGUCCAAUGGGAGAGCAGUUUCGUCAGCGUCUACUCCAAGGACAACCCCAACCUGCUGUUCAAUAUGGGAGGCUUUGAGUGCCGCAUUCUGCCUAAGUGCCGAACGACGCAUGAAGAGUUCACCCACCGCGACGGUGUGUGGAACCUGCAGAAUGAGGUGACCAAGGAGCGUACAGCGCAGUGUUUCCUUCGUGUGGACGAUGAGAGCCUGCAGCGUUUCCACAACCGCGUGAGGCAGAUUCUGAUGGCGUCCGGCUCGACCACGUUCACCAAAAUCGUGAACAAGUGGAACACGGCGUUGAUCGGCCUGAUGACCUAUUUCCGCGAGGCUGUAGUCAACACACAGGAGUUGCUGGACCUGUUGGUCAAGUGCGAGAACAAGAUCCAAACUCGUAUCAAGAUUGGCCUCAACUCAAAGAUGCCGUCGCGUUUCCCGCCUGUCGUCUUCUACACUCCCAAGGAGUUGGGAGGUCUGGGCAUGUUGUCCAUGGGCCAUGUGUUGAUUCCGCAGUCUGACUUGCGAUGGUCCAAGCAAACGGACGUGGGUAUCACUCACUUCCGCUCAGGUAUGAGCCACGACGAGGACCAGCUCAUUCCCAACCUGUACCGCUACAUCCAGCCCUGGGAGUCAGAGUUCAUCGACUCUCAGCGCGUCUGGGCCGAGUACGCGCUCAAGCGGCAAGAAGCGAACGCGCAGAACCGUCGUCUCACACUCGAGGACCUUGAGGACAGUUGGGACCGCGGCAUCCCGCGCAUUAACACCCUCUUCCAGAAGGACAGACACACGCUCGCCUAUGACAAGGGCUGGCGAAUCCGUACUGAGUUCAAGCAGUACCAGGUGCUGAAGCAGAAUCCGUUCUGGUGGACGCAUCAGCGUCACGACGGCAAGCUGUGGAACCUGAACAACUACCGCACGGACAUGAUCCAGGCGCUUGGUGGCGUGGAGGGCAUCCUUGAGCACACGCUCUUCAAGGGCACCUACUUCCCCACUUGGGAAGGUCUGUUCUGGGAAAAGGCGAGCGGCUUUGAAGAGUCGAUGAAGUACAAGAAGCUGACAAACGCGCAGCGAUCGGGUCUGAACCAGAUUCCGAACCGUCGGUUCACGCUGUGGUGGUCGCCCACGAUCAACAGGGCCAACGUGUACGUCGGUUUCCAGGUGCAGCUCGAUCUGACUGGAAUUUUCAUGCAUGGCAAGAUCCCGACGCUGAAGAUCUCGUUGAUUCAGAUCUUCCGUGCUCACUUGUGGCAGAAGAUCCACGAGUCGGUGGUGAUGGACUUGUGUCAGGUGUUUGACCAGGAGUUGGACGCCCUUGAGAUUGAGACCGUGCAGAAGGAGACGAUUCACCCUCGUAAAUCGUACAAGAUGAACUCAUCGUGCGCCGACAUCCUGCUGUUUGCCGCUUACAAGUGGAACGUAUCGCGCCCGUCGCUUUUGGCCGAUUCAAAAGACACAAUGGACAACACGACGACGCAGAAGUACUGGAUUGACGUGCAGCUGCGCUGGGGAGACUAUGACUCGCACGACAUAGAGCGCUACGCCCGUGCCAAGUUCCUUGACUAUACGACGGACAACAUGUCCAUCUACCCGUCGCCCACGGGCGUGCUGAUCGCUAUCGACCUGGCGUACAACCUGCACAGCGCCUACGGCAGCUGGUUCCCUGGCUGCAAGCCGCUCAUCCAGCAGGCCAUGGCCAAGAUCAUGAAGGCCAAUCCGGCCCUGUAUGUGCUGAGGGAGCGCAUCAGGAAGGCGCUGCAGCUGUACUCGUCCGAGCCGACCGAGCCAUACCUCUCGUCGCAGAACUACGGUGAGCUCUUCUCCAACCAGAUCAUCUGGUUUGUCGACGACACCAACGUCUACCGCGUCACCAUCCACAAGACGUUCGAGGGCAACCUCACCACUAAGCCCAUCAACGGCGCCAUCUUCAUCUUCAACCCGCGUACUGGCCAGCUCUUCCUCAAGAUCAUCCACACGUCCGUGUGGGCCGGCCAGAAGCGUCUUGGCCAGUUGGCCAAGUGGAAGACUGCUGAGGAAGUGGCCGCCCUCAUCCGCUCGCUGCCUGUUGAAGAACAGCCCAAGCAGAUCAUCGUCACCAGAAAGGGUAUGCUUGACCCCCUCGAGGUGCAUCUACUCGACUUCCCCAACAUCGUCAUCAAGGGCUCCGAGCUGCAGCUGCCCUUCCAGGCCUGCCUCAAGGUCGAGAAAUUCGGCGACCUCAUCCUUAAGGCCACUGAGCCGCAGAUGGUCCUGUUCAAUCUCUAUGACGACUGGCUCAAGACCAUCUCUUCAUACACGGCGUUCUCACGGUUGAUCUUGAUCCUACGUGCUCUUCACGUGAACACUGAGAGGACAAAGGUGAUCCUGAAGCCGGACAAGACGACCAUCACCGAGCCGCACCACAUUUGGCCAACACUCACCGACGAUGAAUGGAUCAAGGUUGAGGUGCAGCUCAAGGACCUCAUCCUCGCUGAUUACGGCAAAAAGAACAACGUAAAUGUGGCGUCCCUGACGCAGUCUGAGAUCCGCGACAUCAUCCUGGGUAUGGAGAUCAGCGCGCCCUCGGCACAGCGGCAACAGAUUGCCGAGAUCGAGAAGCAGACAAAGGAACAGUCGCAGUUGACUGCAACCACGACGCGCACGGUCAACAAGCACGGUGACGAAAUCGUAACGACAACCACGUCCAACUACGAGACGCAGACAUUCAGCUCCAAGACGGAGUGGCGCGUCAGGGCCAUUUCAGCCACCAACCUGCAUUUGCGCACCAACCACAUCUACGUUUCCUCAGACGACAUCAAGGAGACUGGCUACACUUACAUCCUGCCCAAGAACGUGCUCAAGAAGUUUGUCACCAUCUCCGAUCUCAGGGCACAGAUCUCAGGGUACCUGUACGGAGUGAGCCCAGCGGACAACCCGCAGGUGAAGGAGAUUCGGUGCAUUGUGAUGCCACCGCAAUGGGGCACGCACCAAACCAUCCACCUGCCAAACCAGCUGCCGGACCACCCAUACCUCAAGGAGAUGGAGCCCCUCGGCUGGAUGCACACGCAGCCAAACGAACUGCCGCAGUUGUCGCCGCAGGACAUCAGCACGCACGCCAGGGUGAUGGCCGAGAACUCGACUUGGGACGGUGAGAAGACGGUCGUGAUCACGUGCAGCUUCACCCCUGGCUCGUGCUCUCUCACUGCCUACAAACUGACGCCCAGCGGCUACGAGUGGGGCCGUCAGAACACCGACAAGGGCAACAACCCCAAGGGAUACCUCCCCAGCCACUACGAGAAGGUCCAGAUGCUCCUUUCAGACAGGUUCCUGGGCUUCUUCAUGGUGCCUACGCAGGGCUCUUGGAACUACAACUUCAUGGGCGUGCGGCACGACCCGAAUAUGAAGUACGAGCUGCAGCUGGCCAACCCAAAGGAGUUCUACCACGAGGUGCACAGGCCGGCGCACUUCCUCAACUUCUCCUCUCUAGAAGAAGGCGACGGCGUUGGCGCCGACCGAGAAGACAUGUAUGCUUAAUUGUUUCCGUAAACGUUCCGUUGUAUGUAAAUAUUUUUGUAAUUUUAAUUUUGAUCGGCAAUAAAGAGAAAAAAAAUUAGAA